CUCAAAAUAGGUGCCCGUGCCUUAGUUCAAGGCAAAGUGGGUAGUAUUCGAUUUGUAGGCACAACGAGUUUCCAAACAGGUAAAUGGAUUGGUAUCGAAUUAGACGAACCUCAGGGCAAAAAUAGCGGUGUAGUCCAAGGCAAACGCUAUUUUGACUGUAAAGCCAAUCAUGGUGUCUUUGUCAGACCGAGUCAAGUGAAGCUA